AUGGAAUUGUCGAGAGCAAGCAAAGAUGAGUAUGAUUUUGACUCCUCUGACGAAGAGGAUAUUAGAAACACUGUUGGUAAUGUUCCAAUGCAAUGGUAUGAAUCGUUUCCUCAUGUCGGAUAUGACGCUACAGGUCGGCCCAUAAUGCGGCCAACAGCUGGACAUCAGCCAUCAGACGCCAUAUCCGAAUUCCUCAAGAAUGCAUCUAAAGAAGAAGGAGAGCAAAAUUCUGAGUGGCGUACAAUUACUGAUCCCAUGACGGGUCAAGCAGUUGUCCUAAGUGAUCGAGACCUUGAGAUUAUUACCCGCAUGAACGCUGGCAAAGGUGUUUUGGGAGACAAGGAAGAUGACGUAUUCCAACCUUUUGAGGAUAUCUUUUCUAAAGAUGUUUCCGACAUGCCAGUUACUGCCCAUCCUCCACAGAAACGUUCCUUCAUUCCCUCAAUUCUUGACCGUCGUAGAGUUGGCCGUAUCACCCAUGCAAUGAAAAUGGGCUGGAUUAGACCUCGUCUUCCAGCUUGGGCUCUUGAAGAUCCAGAAGAUCCUGACCAAGUCCGCCGUUUUGCUAUGUACUCUACAUCCGGUAAACCGGGAGCAUUUAACGAUGACUUUGAGGGUGAUAUUCUCGGUUUCUCUUCAUCUUCCGUGCCUUACGUCGUCAUGCCAGAUGUUUGGGCCGAUCAAGAUGAAAAAGAGAGCCAAGAUCAGCAAACACUCGCUUGGCAAGCCAGUCUACCACCAACUUUACGAACUUAUCGUCCACCUAGACCGUCACCAUAUAUGCGACCUGCUGCAGAACCGUUGCCUGGGCAUGCAGAAUCAUAUAAUCCACCUCCAGAAUUCCUUCUUACUGAAGAAGAAGAACGUAGGGUGCUUCGUGCUUGGCGUGAGAAGGUUAAAGAUAAUCAAGCUUCUAAUGUCUUACCAUUUUUACCACGGCGUUAUGAAUGUCUUCGCCGUGUUCCAUUCUCUGAACGUUACUUGCGAGAACGUGGUGAACGAGUCAAGGAUAUGGUGAUGGCUGCUCGUGUUGAAAAGCAGAAAGUACACACUACCCCGGAAGCUCUUUUACCACAAAUUCCAAGUCUUGCAGAUCUGCGACCAUUUCCUAAUCAUUCAGGUGUCGAGUAUAAAUCACAUUCUGGUCGGGUUACUGGCCUUUCGAUAUCACCCUGUGGCCAAUGGUUGGCGUCAGUGUCUUCAGUUGAUGGGUGCCUUCGAAUCUGGGAGGUGGCCAGUAACUACUGCUUCCGUUGCUACCGAUUGGUUCCGGGUAAGCCUGAUGUGUUCGCAGGUGCUGGAGGUUUGUUGAAACCAAAAGGUAAACAGAUUGAGUCGAGGGAUCUUGACAGUGAUGAUGAAGAAAUUCAACCCUCAGCAAUUGUUGCUUGGAAUCCCAAUCCCCAGCUGUGCUUGGUCGCUGCGGCUUUUGGAAAUAAGAUUUUCAUUGUGAAUCCGGUUCUGGGUGAUCGUGUUAUUGUGGAAAAGACGGACGCGGCGAUAAAGGAGUACUGGAAGUCCCAUUUGACUGACAUUGAAGCCGCAAAGGCAGUAGAUUUGGAUGAACAGGAAGAAACUGAAGAGCAGGAGGAGAUGGAGCCGCCUAAAAAGAAGGGACGCAGGACCCCCAACACGAUGCGAGGUCAAGUUGCCCUGUGGAGUUUCAAGGCCACCACCCGGACCAAUGCUGCCACCAAAUCUGCAGCGAGUGAUGCUAACGCUUUCAACGUUCACUUUGGCAAACAUUCAGCUGAAGUGGCGUCAAAUAGAAGCGAAUUCUCGGCCAGAAGCAAAACUCUGGAACUUUCUAGAGUAUCUAUUGAAUUACACCAAGAGUGUAUUGAUUUGUCAUGGCAUCCAAAAGGUGAUUAUCUUCUUAGUCUCAGUAUCUCUCCGCUCUCCAGUGAAGCCCGUAGUCGUGCAGCCAACCGAGUUCUUCUCCACAGAAUCUCUCGAAUGGCCAGCCAAGCGCCCUUCGCUGCGGCCACAGGAGAGGUGUCCGGUUCUGUUGCUGAGGAAUGGCGAGGCGUGGCCUUCCAUCCUGGUGGCAAACCCAUUCUUUAUGUCGCUUCCACUCGUCUCGUUCAUCGGUUCGAUCUUGUUGAACAGAAAGAGCUUCCACGACUCAAGUUGGACAUUUCCGACGACUAUAUCGUCUCGUUGGCUGUCCACCCAACUGGUGACCAUGUUAUCGCGGGAACAAGUGACAGUCGAUUCGUUUGGUUCGAUGCAGAUAUGGGCAACGUGCCCUUCAAAAAACUCUCCUUGAAUCAUGGAACUGUCCACAAGGUAGAUGUUCAUCUCAGAAGACCUCUUGCAUCAGUAGCUCUUGACGAUGGUUCUCUUUGUAUUGUUCAUGCAAAGGUGUCUGACGAUCUGCUCUCGAAACCACAGAUUAUUCCGGUUCAGAUGAUUCGAACUGGAUUUCACAACACUUUCAGCUGCGUAUUUCACAAUCGUCUGCCCCAUAUCUAUGCUGGUGGAGAGUGUGGCACUAUUCGGCAAUUUGUACCAUGGCAUUGA